AUGGAGCUGCCCAACUCUCCACCAGUGAAACCGAUCAUGGUUGAGCUGCCCAUGUUUCCACCAGUGAAACCAAUCAUGGUUGAGCUGCCCAACUCUCCACCAGUGAAUCCCAUUGUGAUGGAGCUGCCCAACUCUCCACCAGUGAAUCCCAUUGUGAUGGAGCUGCCUAACUUUCCACCAGUGAAACCCAUCAUGGUUGAGCUGCCCAUGUCUCCACCAGUGAAACCCAUCAUGGUUGAGCUGCCCAUGUCUCCACCAGUGAAGCCCAUCGUGAUGGAGCUGCCUAACUCUCCACCAGUGAAGCCCAUCGUGAUGGAGCUGCCUAACUCUCCACCAGUGAAGCCCAUCGUGAUGGAGCUGCCCAACUCUCCACCAGUGAAGCCCAUCGUGAUGGAGCUGCCUAACUCUCCACCAGUGAAACCCAUCAUGGUUGAGCUGCCCAUGUCUCCACCAGUGAAGCCCAUCGUGAUGGAGCUGCCUAACUCUCCACCAGUGAAGCCCAUCGUGAUGGAGCUGCUUAACUCUCCACCAGUGAAGCCCAUCGUGAUGGAGCUGCCUAACUCUCCACCACCCAUCGUGGUUGAGCUGCCCAUGUUUCCACCAGUGAAACCCAUCAUGGUUGAGCUGCCCAUCUCUCCACCAGUGAAGCCCAUCGUGAUGGAGCUGCCCAACUCUCCACCAGUGAAUCCCAUCGUGAUGGAGCUGCCUAACUCUCCACCAGUGAAGCCCAUCGUGAUGGAGCUGCCUAACUCUCCACCAGUGAAGCCCAUCGUGAUAGAGCUGCCUAACUCUCCACCAGUGAAGCCCAUUGGGAUGGAGCUGCCUAACUCUCCACCACCCAUCGUGGUUGAGCUGCCCAUGUCUCCACCAGUGAAACCCAUCGUGGUUGAGCUGCCCAUCUCUCCACCAGUGAAGCCCAUCGUGAUGGAGCUGCCCAACUCUCCACCAGUGAAUCCCAUCGUGAUGGAGCUGCCUAACUCUCCACCACCCAUCGUGGUUCAGCUGCCCAUCUCUUUACCAGUGAAGCCCAUCGUGAUGGAGCUGCCUAACUCUCCACCAGUGAAGCCCAUCGUGAUGGAGCUGCCCAACUCUCCACCAGUGAAGCCCAUCGUGAUGGAGCUGCCUAACUCUCCACCAGUGAAACCCAUCAUGGUUGAGCUGCCCAUGUCUCCACCAGUGAAGCCCAUCGUGAUGGAGCUGCCUAACUCUCCACCAGUGAAGCCCAUCGUGAUGGAGCUGCUUAACUCUCCACCAGUGAAGCCCAUCGUGAUGGAGCUGCCUAACUCUCCACCACCCAUCGUGGUUGAGCUGCCCAUGUUUCCACCAGUGAAACCCAUCAUGGUUGAGCUGCCCAUCUCUCCACCAGUGAAGCCCAUCGUGAUGGAGCUGCCCAACUCUCCACCAGUGAAUCCCAUCGUGAUGGAGCUGCCUAACUCUCCACCAGUGAAGCCCAUCGUGAUGGAGCUGCCUAACUCUCCACCAGUGAAGCCCAUCGUGAUGGAGCUGCCUAACUCUCCACCAGUGAAGCCCAUUGGGAUGGAGCUGCCUAACUCUCCACCACCCAUCGUGGUUGAGCUGCCCAUGUCUCCACCAGUGAAACCCAUCGUGGUUGAGCUGCCCAUCUCUCCACCAGUGAAGCCCAUCGUGAUGGAGCUGCCCAACUCUCCACCAGUGAAUCCCAUCGUGAUGGAGCUGCCUAACUCUCCACCAGUGAAGCCCAUCGUGAUGGAGCUGCCCAACUCUCCACCAGUGAAGCCCAUCGUGAUGGAGCUGCCUAACUCUCCACCAGUGAAACCCAUCAUGGUUGAGCUGCCCAUGUCUCCACCAGUGAAGCCCAUCGUGAUGGAGCUGCCUAACUCUCCACCAGUGAAGCCCAUCGUGAUGGAGCUGCUUAACUCUCCACCAGUGAAGCCCAUCGUGAUGGAGCUGCCUAACUCUCCACCACCCAUCGUGGUUGAGCUGCCCAUGUUUCCACCAGUGAAACCCAUCAUGGUUGAGCUGCCCAUCUCUCCACCAGUGAAGCCCAUCGUGAUGGAGCUGCCCAACUCUCCACCAGUGAAUCCCAUCGUGAUGGAGCUGCCUAACUCUCCACCAGUGAAGCCCAUCGUGAUGGAGCUGCCUAACUCUCCACCAGUGAAGCCCAUCGUGAUGGAGCUGCCUAACUCUCCACCAGUGAAGCCGAUUGUGAUGGAGCUGCCUAACUCUCCACCAGUGAAACCCAUCAUGAUGAUGGUGGAUGGGACUCUGCUGGGGAUCACAUGUCCACCCCUGGGACUCCCUUCUACAUGGGUUGACUCUUCCACUGGACCUUUUAAGCCCUUUAAAAGGUACUACAUGACUUAA